CAGUGUGUCUCAGAGACAAAAAGAAAAAGAAGCUAGUUGAAGCAGGCAGUUAUCAGUCGUAACGAUGCGUUUUGUGGCAGUAGCCUAGUGUUAUUAUUGAACUUGAACCUGAGGCAACACGCAGACAGGUUUCCACGCUGGUAACUUUAGCGCAGCGUAGCCCAGGUAGGCUGCAUCACCGGUGAGUGCGGCGCACAGGGAUACUUGUCAGCAACAAGUAAGCUUUGUUUUAGGGUUUGCCAUUAGUGUUGGUACAUUUUAACCGUUUCUAUGUGCGAAACAUUUGUUGUCACCAUGGCCAGUUUGAAGGCAUUCAGUGAGCCAGUUGAAACCAUCGCCUCUGAACCGGUGGAGGACACGGACACAAGUAGCUUCAUGACAAGCAUGUCCUUGAAGUCCACCUAUCCAGUUCAAGUCACAGAGCCUCAAGUGACGCUGCAGUUUCCAUCAAUCAGCCCUGGAUGUGUCACGACGGCCAGAGGAAGAAUACAACAGCCAGUGGAAAACGAUGGAAGUGAAUGCACUUGUCGGCCAUCUAUAUCUUCAGGCUUCACCAAGGAGCUGGACUACCUGAGCAGCAGCUGCGGCCCGUGCGAGAAGUGCCUGCUGCCGGCGCCGCCGCCCAUGAUCAGCGACCUGAUGGACGACGGCGACCUGCUGGAGCGGCUGCAGCAGAAGCUGGACCCGGCCCACUGCGCCGUCAAGAACUGGAAAAACUUCGCCAGCCGCUGGGGCAUGAGCUACGACGAGCUGGCGCUGCUGGAGCACCGCACCCAGGGCUCGGCGCACCGCAGCCCCACGCAGGAGUUCCUGCUGCGCAACAACCAGAAGAGCGUCAGCGAGCUGACCGAACUGUGCCGCCUGUACCAGCGCAUCGACGUGCUGCGCCUGCUGCAGCGCUGGAUGGAGAACGACUGGCCCUCGCGCUGGCAGCACGCUGCCCACUAGCACAUGCUAACGCUAGCGGCGAAGAUCUUCUAAUAGCGUUAAAGAUACGUCAAGCCCGAGCCCGAGCCCAAGCCCGAGCAUCAAUCAAAUGCCCCAGAAAGAGAAGAAGGAGGGGACAACGCUCCCUUAGGAGACCGAACUUGAGCACACUCCUUGGCAUUGGUUGGGCGUGGUUUGGGGUAUCUUACACUACUAGAAGAUGUUUGCUAGCGGGUGGGGUGU